AUGACAAGACCAGCUGACUCCGCAGAUGCGACACAGGUGGAAGGCGUAGAAGUGGAAGUGGGAGGCGCCGUGCGCUGCGGCCAUAACAACGAAAGAGUGAAACUGCAUUAUGUAGAAUGUGGUGCACAAGGAAAACCACUUCUAUUACUUCUUCAUGGUUUCCCAGAUUGUUGGUUUGGUUGGAGGUAUCAGAUGCCAGUCUUAUCUGACCACUUCAGAGUAAUAGCAUUAGAUUUAAAAGGAUUUGGUGAUUCAGACAAACCUUCAUGGCGAAGAAGUUACCGCAUUGAAGUUUUAUUACAAGAAUUAUCUGCAGUCAUACAUGCUUUAGGCUAUUCUACCUGUGUUCUGGUUGGUCAUGAUUUGGGUGCUCUUCUGGGAUGGUAUUUUGUCCAUCAGUUUCCAGAAUUGGUGGAAAAAUUUGUUUCUAUUUCAUGCCCUCACCCUAAUAUUUAUUGGAAUGAACUUCCAAAGACCAAUAUAUUUAAUGAAAGAUGGAUAAACUUCUGUCAGAUGCCAUACCUUGCCGAGAUAGAAGUAUUAAAGGAUGAUUUAAAAAUUCUGAACAAAUGUUACCAGCAUUUAGAAAAGAAGAAAGAUGUUUCUCUGAUAGAUGCAUAUAAAUAUGAUUGGUGUGGACCAAUAAAUUACUAUAGGAACUUGCCGUUUACCCGCAUAAAUGAUUGUUCAGGACCCACUGAAGUGCCUUGCUUACUCAUUACUGGAAACAAGGACACAUUUGCUCAAUUAGAAAGUGUAGUGAAAUCAACAGAAUACUCCUUGAAGUAUACUGUUAAAAUAGUUGAUGGGGCUGGACAUUAUCCUCAUCAAGAAAUGCCAGAAACUAUCAAUGCUCAUCUUCUUUCAUUUCUUACGGUUCCUAAACCAACACCAAAAAUUGAAAAGCCAUUACCUCGAGCAGGUUUAGUGAAUCGAAUGAUUGGAGCAGUUUCAUCAACUGUAAGGUACAGCAAUCAUGUUUUUGGUGUAGUUCAAAAGACAACUAAUGGAGUGAUCCACAGUUUGCCAGUGAAAACUGUGUCUGGGAACUAGUGUUGGUGGUGGUAGAAUGAACAAUUUUCCAUUUGGCAGUUAUGAUUCUCCUACAAAAGAUCUGAAAAGAAGUUUUUGUGUCUUCAAGACUUCUGAAAAAUGUUUCUUUUUGCAGAGUUCCUGUGUUUCAUUCCUAGUCUGUUAGUAUCUGAACCAGAUUACCGAAAAAUGUUUUCUUAGUUUUAUAUCUAUUCAGAUUAUCUAUUGUUGAAUUAUCUGAAAAGAUUAUCUGGAAUAAUAAGAAGACUGAUUGAAGAACUACAUCUCAUUUGUAUAUAUACCGUGUAUAUUGUGUGUUUUGUGUGUGUGUGUGUCAAAGAAAGCAGUUAUUUUAAAUUGCUUCAUCUUCACAUGAAUGUCGCCAACAUAAAAAAUACUCACCAUUGUGUGUAUUGCACAUAGUGCCUCUUUACAGUUUUUUGUGGAAAAGGGACUGAAUGCAAUAAAAGUACCUAAUUUUUUCAUUCAUGUAAAAUAACCUAUUUUUGUGAUGAAUUUUCUAGUGAAAUGAUAAAUUGCAAAAAGUAGAAACAGUUGCCCUUCAGACAAAAUAUUCAUACUUUUUAGUAAUUAUUAAUAUUUUGAUAUAUUUUAUUAAACCUUGUUUAUGGAGUUAAAGUGAUAUAUAUUUAUUUACUGAAAUGUAGUUUUAUAUUUUCAUAAAUUUACAUUACUGUUGUUUUUAAUGGCAUUUAAAGAAGAGUUCAAAAUGUUAUUUUGUUAAAACAGAUGUCUGAAAUAAAGUGAAAAACAAUAUUCCUUGAUUGAUUUAUUAUUCCCUUGAAGACUAGAGAUAUGAACGACUUUUCGAUAAUAGUUAUUACAGUGGUUUACCUGUCUAGUAUUGAGAUAUGAAUUCUAAG